AUGACCACUCUUCGGGUACUGCUGCACAUUGCUGCUCACCGUGACUACGAGCUCCACUCUCUCGACUUCAGCACAGCUUUCUUGCAGGGCAGCCUCCACAAGGAGAUCUGGCUGCGCCGCCCACCUGGCUUCACUGGGUCUUUCCCUCCUGGUACCCAGUGGAGUCUCCGGCGUCCAAUCUACGGUCUCCGCCAGGCGCCACGUGAGUGGCACGACACACUGAGGACUACACUUGCGGCUCUUGGGUUUGCUCCUUCUACUGCCGACCCGUCGCUGUUUCUGCGCACCGACACCUCUCUGCCGCCGUUCUACAUCCUCGUGUACGUCGACGACUUGGUCUUUGCCACAGCUGACACUGCUGGACUCGCCUACGUGAAGUCCGAGCUGCAGAAGCGACACACGUUUACAGACCUGGGUGAACUGCGCAGCUACCUUGGCUUGCAGAUCACCCGGGACAGAGCACGCCGCACCAUUACCCUGACUCAGUCACACAUGGUGCAGCAGGUCCUUCAGCGCUUUGGCUUCACGUAG